AUGAUCUUGUUGAAAAGCACGCGGAGUCCCUGGGGAGGACGUGGGACCCAGCUGGCAGUUCCUUUCCGGAAACAGUACUUCUACACGGCAAACGGCUUUCGUCCACGGCCUAUCGCACCUGUGGUGCUCUCAAACAGGAGGAGAGUCACGACAGAAGCUGGCGACGACGACACCGGCCACAUUGAGACCAAACAAAAUGAGGGAAUACUCUUCUUUGACAAUGUCUUUCCAUUAAAGCUCCAGUGGCUCACCCGCAUUCCCUUGCUCAACGCCGAAAGAGCCCUUACAAGUUCACUCAGCAUAGUCAAUCACCCAGACCUAGCCUUGGCCGACCCUUCGAGCAUUAUUAAGAGGGCACUCCCAGAAACCCUACCGCUUACCGUGACACAAGUCCUGCCGCGACUGCGAGAGGGAGGAGCAUUCGUCAAGUUUACGCACGAUGCGGGUAUCAACCCCACAGAAUUGGAAAGCACGCUCAAGGCAUAUCUGGAAGAGAAACCGAUCAAGCCAUGGUUCAAUCCGCUGCGUCGAGUGAGGGCAUUUCUGGUGCAAGGAAAGCCCUGGAUCGAGGAUUUAUAUCGUAUCCCCAGCUCCAGAGUGAAAGUGGAGUUCUUACCUACAUCGCCUGAAAACUCCGCGGCCGAGUUGACGCAAGAGACGUUGUACUCGUUGUUCCGUCGAUAUGGAAAGAUCUCAGAGAUUGCUCCGGAGCCGUCCGAUUCCAAGGUUGCACCGCGAUACGCCUACAUCGACUAUUCGAGAAUGAGGUUUGCAACCGUGGCCAAAAACUGCAUGCAUGGGUAUGUCGUGCCUGCAAAGGAGGGUGGUGGCAAGACCGGGACUCUGCUGAAGCUGAGUUAUGAAUCGAAGAUGAAGCCACAUUGGAUCCGAGAUUGGCUGGCCGGUCAUCCGAGGAUUGUCAUUCCUGUGGUCGUAGCCCUUUUGACAGCGCUAUCCGUGGCAGUCUUUGAUCCUAUCAGGACCUUUUUCAUCAAAAUGCAUGUUACACAUGGCUUGAAAUUGGAGGACUAUGCAAUCUACCGGUGGGUCAAAAGCCAACUGUCCCGUGGGUACGACAUCAUCAGACUGCGAAAGCAGAAGGGCGAGGACGAGAACCUCCAGAUCAUUUGGGAAGAUCGUAAAGAGGCCAUCAACCAAUUGCAGACAUGGAUGAUGGAGACGGCAGACACCUUCAUUGUCGUGCAAGGUCCACGUGGUGCCGGCAAGAAAGAGCUUGUGAUGGAUCAGGCGCUUAAGAAUCGCCCGAACAAACUGGUGAUUGAUUGUAAAAAGAUCCAGGAAGCCCGAGGAGACAGUGCGACGAUUGCCGCCGCCGCCGCUGAAGUCGGGUACAAACCCGUGUUUUCCUGGAUGAACAGCAUCAGCAGCAUGAUCGAUCUGGCGGCUAUGGGCACUAUUGGAACCAAGACUGGGUUCUCGGAGACGCUUGAAACUCAGUUGGGCAAGAUCUGGGGCAAUACCACCACCGCCCUGAAACAAAUUGCCUUGGACCAUCGCAAGAAGGACGAGAAGGAUGCACAAAUGUCCGAUGACGAAUGGCUCGAGGCUCAUCCGGAAUAUCGACCGGUGGUUGUGAUUGACAAUUUCCUGCACAAGAACAAUGAAGGGUCGGCGGGGAUGGUGUACGACAAACUCGGGGAUUGGGCCGCAGCCUUGACCACGCAGAAUAUUGCGCAUGUCAUUUUCCUGACCACCGACGUGUCGUUUUCCAAAUCGCUCAGUAAGGCGCUGCCAGACCGAGUGUUCCGGCAGAUUACAUUGAGCGAUUGCACGCCAGAGGUGGCCAAGAGACUGGUCAUCCAGCACCUCAAUUCCGAGAGCGAUGAAGAAGCCGCCGCCGAUGGGGAGGAGAAGAUCACGCCAGCACAGCAGCGGAGUGACUUGGAUGAGUUGGACAGCGUGAUUCAAGUGCUGGGUGGUCGACUGACCGACCUCGAAUUUCUCGCUCGUCGGAUCAAGACUGGCGAGUCACCUGGCAGUGCCGUUCGGCAAAUCAUUGAACAGUCGGCAUCGGAAAUCUUGAAGAUGUACCUUCUCGACGUGGAUGUCUCCAGUCGCAAAUGGACCCCCCAACAAGCUUGGCUGCUGAUCAAGCAAUUGGCGUCGAAUGAAACGCUGCGUUACAACGAGCUUCUACUCAAUGACUUGUUCAAGGACGGCGAGGUCGUCUUGCAGGCUCUAGAGCAGGCCGAGUUGAUCGCCAUAACCUCGAAGAACGGUCGACCGUACAGCAUCAAGCCCGGCAGACCCGUCUAUCAGGCGGCAUUUGAGUACCUGACGGACGACGACGUCCUCAAGGCGAGACUCGACCUUGCCAUAUUGACGCAGUUGAUUGGCAUGGAGAACAAGAACGUGGAGAAGUACGAGAAUGAGUUGAGGACGCUGGCCGAAUUGCCUGGCGCCCCGAGUGAGCUCAAGCCCCGCAUCAAAUGGUGCCUGGAGAAAGCAAUGGGCAGUCAUAUGAAGAUCGAGAAAUAUGAGGCCCAGAGCGGUGCAUUGAAGAAAGUGCUCAUGGACAAGUUCUAG